UAAACCACCACCACCGAACGCACACGUUGAGCUCUCUCCCUUUAUAAUGAAAACCCUAAAACCCUAACCUAAAACCCUCUUCUCCUCCUCCUCCUCCUCCGUUAACCCUAACGGACUUUUUUUUUUUUUUUUUUUUCCAGUGGCCGAUCACCAUGAACGACGAUACCAUGAACGUCGACCAAUCACAGAGCUCAAAGGCUCAAACCCUCCAAUCUAUUACUACGGGUCCAUUAGCCUCCUCGAUAUCCAAACUCGCCGGCUCGUCCUGUGCCAUACCUUCGAACAAAGACUUCCAUUUUUUCUACAACUUCGGCGAAUUCAAGUCCCCUAUCGAAGAAAUCGCUAGGCGAUCGCAGUCUAUGCUCGAGUCGAUUGGCUCGUCGACGAGGAUAUGGGGAAAAGAAAUGCCUUUGCCCGAAGACAUCGACGACGCGUACGAUUGGUUGGUGAAUAUAAACGAUGACGUUUUCGAGAGGUUCGGCGAGUCGGUGGACGAGUUUCAGAGGAUUAGGAAGAAAGAGGAGGAGACCGGUCGGAGGAUGAGUACGGCUGCGGAGUUGGAAGAGGGUGGGUUUCAGUUGGUGUAUGGGAAGAAGAAGAAGGCAGCGAGUCAGCUGAGUAACUCGGUGAGUGGGGGGCAAGAUUCGAGUCCUGGGUCUGGGAUAAAGGUUGUGAAAAAAGAUAAGAAAACUACUGGAGUGAAGCCGAAGGUGCCAUUUCAUGUACCGACUAUUCAGCGGCCUCAGGACCAAUACAAUUUUCUGGUGAAUAACUUGAACCAACCGUUUGAGCAUGUUUGGCUGCAGAAGAGUGAGGAUGGUCAGCGGUUUAUUCAUCCCCUGGAAAACCUUUCUGUUAUGGAUUUUAUUGAUAAAGAUAUUGGGGAUGUUGAGCCUGUCAAACCACCCUCAUUAGAGUGUACACCAUACAAGCUUGUAGAGGAAGUCAGAGAUCUGAAGGAGCUGGCUGCAAAAUUGCGUGGUGAAAAUGAAUUUGCGGUUGAUUUGGAACAUAACCAAUAUCGUUCAUUUCAAGGAUUGACUUGCUUGAUACAAAUUUCUACGAGAACUGAAGAUUUUAUAGUAGAUGCCUUAAAGCUUCGAGUUCAUAUUGGUCCAUAUCUUAGGGAAGUUUUCAAGGACCCUACCAAGAGAAAGGUAAUGCAUGGAGCAGAUCGAGAUAUUGUGUGGCUUCAACGUGACUUUGGCAUUUAUGUCUGCAAUCUCUUUGAUACUGGCCAGGCCUCAAGGGUAUUGAAAUUGGAAAGAAAUAGUCUGGAGUUUCUUCUACACCACUUUUGUGGAGUUAAUGCUAACAAAGAAUACCAGAAUGCAGAUUGGAGAUUACGCCCUCUUCCUGAGGAGAUGGAGAGAUACGCCAGAGAAGAUACACACUAUUUAUUGCAUAUAUAUGAUUUAAUGAGAAAACAAUUAAUCGCAAUGUCGGAGGAGUCUGAACAGUCUGAUGCUUUGUUAGUAGAGGUUUACAAGCGCAGUUAUGAUGUAUGCAUACAGCUAUAUGAGAAAGAGCUUCUGACAGAUAAUUCAUAUCUUUAUAUAUAUGGGUUGCAGGGUGCUAAUCUUAAUGCUCAGCAACUUGCCGUAGUUGCAGGGCUUUGUCAGUGGCGAGACAUUGUUGCUCGUGCAGAAGAUGAAAGUACUGGUUAUAUAUUGCCAAACAAAACCCUUCUUGAAAUUGCUAAGCAGAUGCCUGUCACAACUAGCAAGUUACGGCAGUUAAUUAAGUCAAAGCACCCAUAUAUCGAGCACAAUCUUGGUUCUGUUGUUAGCAUCAUUAAACAUUCUAUGCAAAAUGCUGCUGCAUAUGAGGCUGCUGCAGAGCGUCUGAAAGAAGGAUGCAUGGGAACGGUGCCUGAAGAAAAUAUAGUGGCUGAAGAUGGAAGAAGAGCUCCCUUGCCUGAUACUCUUGCAGAUCUUAAAAGCAGCGAUGGUGUUAAUGAAAUCAAUGGUGAUACCUCUGCAGUUUCAGCUGCUUCUCAGACACAAGAAAAUAAAUCUUUGAUCCUUGGGCGCAAUGCUUCUGAACUUAACAGAGAUAGGCAAAAGAGCUCUUCCGAGCUUCACGGUGAAAGUGGGAGUGGAAAGAUUGAAUCUGGUAAUUAUGCUUCAGUCCUUUCCAGAGAGAAUCUUACUGCUUCAGGGCAGAAGGAAGAAAGUACCAAUAUUUCUGUCUCUGAUUCAGCGAAGGUUCCUGGAGCAACUGUUCAGGUGCAAAAGAAGCCUACCCGUGCUUUUGGUGCUCUGUUUGGUGGUACAGUCACAAAAAGGAAGUUGGAUUCUGGUAAAAAGGAAAAGGAAGAAAUAAAGUUGGAGCAAAUUAGAGCUUCAGUGAACUUCCCCAUCCAUUCAUUUUCUGGCACAGUUGAGCAGACAAGACCAGUUGUGGAAGCAUCCUUUGCAGCCUCUCAAAUUCCACUUUCUGAAGGGCCUGCUACUGCAUCAUCUCCAAGCUCUCAUUUAGAAGAUAUUAUAAUGCUGCAAGAUGAUAAAGAUUUAGAGGAAUCCAGAAAUGGUGAUUUGGAAACUACAAAAGAAGACAAGGAACAUAUUUUGGCCGUGUCUGGUUUGGAAAUGGAUAAAGAAGAUGAAUCCAUGUCUCUUUCUGAUUUGUCCUCGAGCUUCAAACAAUGUUUUGAGUCAUCCAAACAAAAUAGGAAAGCCAGACAAGUGGAUAAACCUCAAGAAUCUGGCAGUUUGCAGUUUAAACCAUUUGACUAUGAAGCAGCAAGGAAACAGAUAGUGUUUGGGGAUGAUUCAAAGGAAGAUAUUGAAGCAGAAGGUGAUGGACAAAUCAGUAGCCAUUAUUAUGGGGGAAAAAAGAAGAGUUCUGUUACAGGUCAAGUCGUAAAAGUUGAUGGAUCAAGAGAAUUAUCACAAGGUAAAAGGCGUCAAGCUUUUCCGGCAACUGGGAACCGUAGUGGAACGUUUCGUUGAGCCAUUGUACUGUUUCUUUUCUGUACAACAGAAUUGGGAAAAAAAAUGCUCUCAGCUUUCAAAAGAAAUCAAACAGAUUAAGAAAAGAAAGCACAGUUUUGUAAAUCUUGUCUUUUAAAGUUUGUGAGAAGUUGGAGGGUUUUUUUUCUUUCCUUUUUUAUUUUUUUUUGGGCUAUCUUAUGCGGGAGAUAGUCUGGUGGCACACGUCCACUAUCUUAAUGUAAACAGUCUCCAAGUUCCAAUCUUUAGCGCAUGGUGAAAAAAAAGAAAAGAAAAGGUGAAAACAUAGAAACACUCUUAUUUAAAAA